UUUUAUUCAUUAAAAUUCAUCAAAAUUUUAAUUAUUUCACUAAAAAGUAGUUUUACACUUUUAUUUUUUUAAAUUUUUUCAUUUUACGUGGUAGAAAUUAAACUAUAAGUUGCUAAAUUACGUUGCCGAAUUUCUUUGAAUUAGUUAGGGACAAGUCUCACAAGAAGUAGAUCAGAAAUAAAAUGGCCCCACCAUCAUUUGCAGAUCUCGGAAAAAGUGCCAGAGAUCUUUUCUCAAAAGGAUUUCAUUUUGGCUUCUUCAAGGUUGAAGCGAAGACAAAAACCAAUGGGGGAGUUGAAUUCACAACUGGUGGGUCGAGCAGCCAUGACACUGGUCUCUUCAGUGGAAGUCUUGAAUCAAAAUACAAAUGGAAGGAACAUGGAGCCACCCUCAAAGAGACAUGGAGCACAGACAAUGCCCUGGCCGGAGAGCUGACUGUUGAGGAUCAACUUCUUGAGGGCUUGAAGCUAGGUUUUGAAACAAAACUCUUCAUUGCAUCUGGAAAGAAAUCUGGCAAAGUGAAAACUGCCUACAAGAAUGACCUUGUCCACACAACUUUGGACUUUGAUGUUAUGACCUAUGGCCUCCUGGGCUCUAUUGUUUUUGGGCACAAUGGUUUCCUUGGUGGGUUCCAGCUGAAUUAUGAUGCCAACAAACUUGUUGAUAAGUCUCUCAUGUCCCAGAGCAAUGUAGCCAUUGGCUACUCGAAGGAUGAUCUUGAUCUGUUUGUUGGAGUUAAGGGCUGCAAUGAGUACAGCAGUUCAGUCUUCCAUAAGAUCCACGACGACCUGGAGACUGGCAUUCACCUCAGCUGGCUGUCCGGCACAAACGAAACUGCUUUUGGUUUUGGGGCCAAGUAUAAUAUUGAUAGGGAUGCUACCAUUAAGGCAAAAGUUGACAACUCCAGUCGAGUUGGGCUUUCAUACCAGCAGAAAUUGCGUCCAGGAGUCACCCUGACCCUGUCAACACUUGUGGAGGGCAAGACAUUUACAGCCGGGGGCCACAAAUUUGGUUGCGCCUUAGAAUUCGAGGCCUAAACUAAUUAGCAUAACCUUUGAAUAUUAAUUAGCGUGUAUUAUGAAUUAAUGAGGUAGGCGUGUCUUUGGAGUUGGUUAUGUUCUAAAAAUUGAUUUUUUUUCUUCUGGUUCUAUUGAUGAUAGUCUGAUUGUGUUAUAAUUGUAAUAGCAUAAAGUGUAGGAUUUAAUUAGCAGAAUGAAUUAAUGGAUUAAUUAGUUUAUCAAUAAUUCAUUUAUUUGAUUUUCAUUUUAAAUCGCUUUGCUAACUUAAUUCUGGUUGUAUUUUCAUUGUCAUCCUUUUGUUUAAUGAUAUUAUCUGUAAUGAUUUGGGCGAUGAUAAUGCAAUCAUCUUAUUUCAACUUAUGUGUUUUUUUUGUUUGUUUUUUGGAAAGAAAAAUUGUAUUUAAAACGUUUGUUUAAUGUUAAAGGUCAUUUUUUUUAUUUCCCAUUAAAUACUUCUCCAGGCCCGACAUAGGUCAUGUUCAGUAUAUUUACAGUCCAUACUUAACAUACAUACACUGGUCAUGUUUAACAUAUUAAUAUAUAUUUAUGUGUUUAUAUAGUUGAACAUACCCACAAUACUAUAGAGUUAUCUCAAGACCAAUAUACUUUACAGUAAAAUGAUUUGGUGGAAUUUUUUUAUUUAUAUUAAUUGUUUUGCUUUUUUUUUGUUUGCCGCCCUUUAAAAAGCCUUUUGGUUUGUUUACAUAGUUAUAAGAACUAGUAGUUUUUAUAUCUGUGGUUUGUUUACAUAGAUAUAGAAACUAGUUUUUGUAUCUAUGCUUGUUUGUUCAUCAUCGUCAUCAUUGUAUUCAUUGCUUCAUAUUCUUGUUAGUUCGUUUAAUUUUGCAAUAAAAAUUUCCCUACC